AGUUGUGUACUGUACAACAUUCGGGUGUCAGUCUUAGUAAAUUGUUCAGAUUGGCGACGCAAUCGAAAUGCUGGGCAGUGAUUACCUGCUCGAGCUCUGUGAUGUCUCUCAGACCGGCGAGGUGGAGCCGGGAACAUGGUUCCAGAAGAUGGUGGGGAGCGUCCGAACUGACGUGAUUUUGCGAGACGUGUCUUUCGAAAUUCAUUCCGGAGAGGUGAUGGCAAUCUUGGGCUCGAAAGGCAGCGGAAAGCGGGCUUUACUGGAAAGCAUUUCACGUCGGGCUCAAGGUGCGCGACGAGGCAAG